AUGUCCGUGACGGGCGCCUACCUGUGGAUCAGCUGCAUCUCGGGCGUGGCGACGAUCGUGUCCCUGUGGGCGAUCGGCAUCAUGUUCAGCCACGCCCGCACCAACCUGGCCAGCCUCAACAUCAUACCCAAGUUCGCCCUCAACCAGAUGAUUCUGAUCCUCAGCAGCCUGCAGCUCGCCAUCCUCGCCAUGCUGGGCACCGCGGGGACCGUGGCGUGCGUGCCGCCCUUCCCCUCGCGCGCACGCGCUGCCAGCAUGAACCAGCAGCUGCUCGUCGUGGAGAUGUUCCUGGUGGCGCUCGUCUCGCGGGGCGUUUACAGACGACGCUACGACGCAGUCGCGGUUACGGCGGAGGCGUCGAAACUGGGCGCCGGGGGCGGAGGAGAGGGAGGAGCGGAGAACGGAUCCAGGGGCGACGUCAUCGUCCGCACGUGACACCACAGCAGCAGCGUCAUCAGCAUCAGCAGCAGUAUCAGCAGCAGCA